CCCCGCUAGCUCCCCGGGCCCCCAACCCUCCCCACAGUCCAACCCCGCGGUUAAAUCAAAUAACAUCAGCCGCGAAAACUCGCAUGAGAACUGAUGGGUGGCAUACCAAGCAUCACACCGCUCAUGCAGAUCUUCCGGAUUAUGGUUUCUCGGUAGCGGCGUCGACCACGAGCCUGGGUUCUCGGGUUAUCGAUGUCCGGCACGGAAAAACAAGCUCGUAUAAAGAAUAGCAAAGUCGUUCGGGUCUUCUUCGUCUCAUUUCUGUUCCUGUGUUUGGUGGCUGUUGCCUUUACCCACAGUUAGUUAUUUACAAAUCAUACCUCCGGAAAUAGGAAACCUAAGCGAGAAUGGGGUUCCUGAGCAGAUUUCUACCCCCGGAUGAUCGAUAUGCCGCGUUGCUGUUGUACGGCAUGGUGUUUUCCACCUGCUUCAAUGGCUACGACGCUUCGAUCAUGAGCGUUAUCCUGGCCGAUAAACAGUUCCAGGACUACUACCAAGUGGAUGCCAACAGGAGCGGUGUCAUUGCUACCAUUCCUUGGGCUACCACAGGUGUCGCACAGCUGUUUGUCGCCGGAACCCUAGCGAACUAUGUUGGACGUCUCUGGGCACUCCGGAUUUCGAUCGUCACCAUGAUCAUCGGCGUUGUGGUCCAGUGCGUGCCGAAUACCUAUGCGGUCCUGAUCGUGGGGCGCAUGAUCACCGGCCUCGGAUUCGGUUGUGUCUACGUAGCAACAAAUUUGUACGUUGCGGAAUGUGCACCCACACGGCUCCGUGGUUCGUUCGUCGGGACUGUAGCGCAGUUCGGCUACCAGCUCGGCGCGCUGAUCGCGUUCUGGAGCGGCUACGGGAUGUCGUUCCACCAGUCCCCAUACAACAUCGCAUGGCGGGUGUCCAACCUGAUCCAGAUCCCCAUCGGAAUCGCAUUCAUCGCUGUGACCUUUUGGUAUCCCGAGUCUCCGAGAUGGCUAUUGGAGAAAUACCCCGACGCGCCCGAAGACGCACUGAAGACGCUCGCCAAGCUACGCUCCGGAACAGUGGAGAGCGAGCACGUGCGCGCCGAGUUCCGCGAACUAGUGCUCUCCCGCGAGUACCGGCUGCGCCACGCGAUCCCGGGAUACUUUGGGCUUCUCAAGUCCGGUGCGAUGCGGAAGCGUCUCGCGUACGGAUUCUAUGCUGCUGCGUUGCAGCAGGUGGGCGGAAUCGCGGCGCUGACCAUGUACGCCGUGCUCAUCUACAAAUCACUCGGAUGGGACUCCGGGUCCCAGGCGCUGGCGAUCAAUGGAAUCCAGAGCGUCAUCCAGCUGUUCAUCGUCCUGGUCAAUACCUUCACCGUUGAUAAGUACGGACGGAAGACGCUGUUGAUGGCCGGCUUUGCGAUCCAAUCCAUCGCCCUGCUGAUAUUGUCAUCGCUCACCACAUCUUUCCCGGACAACGGGAAUAAAGCCGCCGCAGUAGUCGAAGUAGCGAUGCUCUUCAUCGUCGGUCUAACCUACUGCUGGAGCAACGGUCCGAUCGCGCCCGUGGUAGCAACCGAGAUCUUCCCGCAGCACGUGCGUGACAAAGCGUUCGGAUUGAGUAUGUUAGGACAGACCGCGUGUCUCCUCGCACUCACGCAGCCCUGGCCCCGGUUCAACGAACAAGUCGGACCCAAGAGCUACUGGCUGCUGUUUUCGCUCAACGUCGCUGCAUUGAUCUCGGUGUACUUCGUCCUUCCAGAGACCAAGGGAGUCUCGCUGGAGCGCAUGGACGCCCUCUUUGGCGAGCUGGACGUGGUCGACGAGGGAGAGAAAGAGAUGAUGGACAAGAAGGGAGUGGUCGAGGUCGAGGUUACUGGCGCAGACAAGAGGGAUGCGUGAUCAGAUGGCCUACAAUGUACAUACUAGUAGUUUAUCAGUGCGUAUACAUAACGAGAAACGAC